UCUGCAGACGUCCCUUCCACUUCUUUAGGCCACGGGAGUCUUCCCUCAGCAAGAUCUAUUCCAGCAUCCCGGCAAGCCACCAGAGGCGGAAGGGGACGCGCGGCGCAACAGGAGUGACGACACACUUAAGGCUCCGCCCGCACGUCACUUCCGGGACGCUUCCUUCGUGGAGCCUUGUGGGUAGCCGGCCGGGGUCUCCUGGCGACGACGAUGGCGGGGGAUGUGGGCGGUCGCAGCUGCACGGAUUCGGAGCUGCUGCUGCACCCGGAGCUGCUGUCCCAGGAGUUCCUUCUCCUCACCUUGGAGCAGAAGAACAUAGCUGUUGAAAGUGACAUAAGAAUAAACAAAGACAAUCUCACUGAUCUUUAUGUUCAGCACGCAAUACCGUUGCCUCAAAGAGAUUUGCCAAAGAAUAGGUGGGGGAAAAUGAUGGAAAAGAAAAGAGAGCAACAUGAGAUGAAAAAUGAGACUAAAAGGACUAGCACUGUAGAUGGGUUAAGAAAAAGACCCCUCAUUGUGUUUGAUGGAAGUUCAACAAGUACAAGCAUCAAAGUGAGAAAGACAGAGAAUGGAGAUAAUGACCGACUCAGGCCUCCCCCUCAGGCAAGCUUUACCAGUAAUGCCUUUCGAAAAUUGUCAAAUUCCUCUUCAAGUGUUUCACCCCUAAUUUUGUCUUCCAAUUUGCCUAUGAACAAUAAAAUGGAACACAAUAAUAAUGACACUAAACAGAACCAUGACUUAACGCAUAGGAAAAGUCCUUUGGGUCCUGUGAAGUCCCCACCUUUGUCCCCUGUUGGAGCUACUCCCGUGAAGUUAAAGCGAGCGGCCCCUAAAGAAGAAGCUGAGGCUGUGAAUAACCUGAAGCCCCCAGAAGCAAAGAGGAAGAUACAACAUGUUACAUGGCCCUGAAGGAAAGUUUCCAAAAAUGUAAAUAUAACUGUAACUGUAGUUUUUCAAGCAAGUUCACAUAUAUUGACAGUAUUUACAGAGAUCCUGAUUAUUGUGGAAUUUUCUUAAGAGGUUUAAAAUUAGGUUUAAAAAAAUAGUCUUUCCUUUCCCCUUCCUCCCUUCCUCUUUUUUUUUUUUUUUUAAUUUUUGCCUUUUGUGCCCUUUUUAGGAAAGGAUUUCUUUUUAAACAGAUGACUUAGUAUAAGUCAUUUAUAUUGAUCCUAGUCAAUCAUUAGCUGCAAGUCUGAUAUAAAGCAUCUGAUGAAUUUUAGGAAUUAUUUUCAUUACUCUGUUUCAGUGUUUGGGGAAAUUUGAGAUUUUGUUUAAACUCAAAAUAUUUUAGAAGUUCACAAUUUUUAUUUCUUUUCCCUAGCAAAAGAAUUUAACAGUUUAUCCCAAUAUUUUAGUAAAUACUGCCAAACUCCUCAAGGUUCACCAAGAAAAGCAUAUUUGUAGUGCUGCCAAUAAACUGUUCAGAAUAUACAGAUGAAAUUGCUGUUCUUUAAGUGCUUACAUUGCUUAUUCCCAUAAAAAUCAAAAGGGAAAUCAGUGCUUGCUGUUGCUCCUUCCCUUGAAGUCAUAGGAGAAUUGGUCUAUUAGGAAUUGACUGGUCAGUCUCACAGCUGGUCCACCCUUUAAGAUGUCCUUGUCAUGCAGCAGUCCUCACUACUCUUUUCAUGAGCAGUCUGUGAUCCCACUCUGGGAGCUCAGGUGUCACUCCUUCCUAGGAGCUUCAUCCUUUCAAAAAGAAACCAACUUUAAAAUCUUGAGGUGAGGUAGUCAUGUCUGAGGUGGUACCUGAUGGCAGAAGGUUUAGAGAACAGGAGGAGGGGGAUGGAAUUCCAGCACUUCAGAGAGUCCAGGAGGGAUAGCGGUGGGGAGAGAGGAAGCUUAGCAUGAUCUGGAGUAGGCAGAAGAGACGAUGGCCGAAGCCAGCAGUCACUGCAGAAUGACCGCGUAGGAGACGAAUACCAGCCAGACGGGGCUCCCUGCUGGGGUAACAGGCAGCUUCCCACAGGGCUGCCACACACACAUUACCCACUGCGGUCUUGGGUUAAAGCAGUGAUAUCAUCCCAGUCGUGUGAUGGAAGUCAGUGGGAACAUAGGAUAUACCUUAUAGCCACACGUCCUCCUGUCCACUUUUUUGCCUUGUAUUUCUAAGUGCAAAGGAUACUUUAUACUUUUUUCCUUAUAUGACUGAUCUUCAAAUUGGGGUUCGCCUUUUCAUUAACUUUUUACAGCAGUCUCAUGAUUCUUUUGAUUUGUUAAAACAAGUAUUUUAGUUCAGCUAUUAAAUAGCCUUACAAAAAAUUCAUUCAGCCUGUCAGGUAAGUACUGUACUAAAACUUGAACCCUACAGUUUUUACCCAUUCUGCCUUUAUCCAGACUAUAAAUCUGUACAGAUAAGACAAAAUUGAUACAUACUCUGUGUUGCAUAAAUUACUCAUGUUCUGCCAGAUGAGUGAAUAUGUAGUUAUCUGCAGUGCUGAUAUGUGUGAUAUUACUGAAGGACAACUGUAACCCUCUACAGAACUGUAUAUUAAGGAAGAUUUUAAAAGUACAGAUUUUAGGGUAGGAUGACAAAUUAUAUUUGAUAAUUCGGUUGUCCCUUCUGCUUUCAUCUGCAUUUCUCUCUUAGUUAAGAGAGAGUUAGCCAUUUGACAGUUUCACGUCAGUGGAAACUUAUUUUUAGUUACUCAAUAAAAUUAAUUUUUAAUUUGUAUAUUUAACUUACAGAGUAGGUUGGUAAUAACAGCUGAACUGUGUAACAUUGUUGCUUCAAAUUGAAGUUUAUAUUAUGAACAUUCAGAAUCAAUGCUAAUAGAGCAGCAUAUUCUUGAGCUAUUUUGCGUUUGAAAUGUGGAGAAGUGCUAAACCACGUACUGUGUAGUACGUAAUACCGACAUCUUAGAGCGCUGUGCCUUCUCCAGGUGUAUAGAUAGAGCUUGUCUUGAAAUGUCUUCCUCCACUUGAUGAAGCCUCCCGAAUGAUGGGACUCUGAAGCAGAAGUGUCGGGAAUCUUAGGUUUUGAAGGGUUGCUGUGGUGUGCUUUGAAGUUUAGAAGGACUCGAUUUGAAUGGCAAACAGCUUUGGAAUACCCUCAACUCACUAGCAUGGGUUAAUGUUGUUGCUACUGAUUUCAUAUUCCAACAGAGCCACCUUUUUUUAUUAUCUCGGUAGGCAACUGAAUGGUCAAGUCAGUGAGUGAGUGGCUUCUGAGGUGUAGUUACAGGCACUUUACUACUUCCUGCCAUUGGCAGGUGGUCUUGUUCUUUUCUUUCCCUUCUUCUUCGUCCCCCGUUUUCUUUUUUCUUACUCCCUUCUCCCAUAUUUUGACUUUCUUUGCUUCUAUUCUCCAUCCUCCUUUCUGCAGACACUAAGCAUCAGGCUUAGGUUUGUACAUCCUAAUGCUUGGCCCUAUGCAUUCAUUGAGGAGUGAAGACAGGAUGACCCCGGGUCCUCUUACAUUUGAGGGAUCAUAGACUGCUGUGUGAAUUCUGGAAAUCUCAAGCCCCUGCAGCACCAGGGGCCCUAAAUUGCUUCCCAGUGGCUGUAAAGGCAGUACAGUUUACCAAAAUAGCUUUAUUAAUCUCGACAGCUACCAGGCACUUUGGAAAGUUGGUUCAACUACUACUAUGGGGCCAUAAUAUUUUUGCUAGUAUUAAAAUUCUUCAGAAUUGUAAUUAUUAUUUGAAAUAAUAUUUUGGUUGACUUAAGUUUUGAGCGAGGAUUCUAAAACUGGUCUGGAGACUCACUCAAUAGCAAUGACCUUUUUAAAAACUUACAUUAAGUAAAACUGCCAGUAGAUUAAAUCAUAUGUAUCUAAGAGCUUCCUCUAUUUACUACUGUGCCACUUCAGUAAUUUUUAGAGGCUACAAAAUGGUCAAAAUGUUUUUAAGUGUGCUCUUUUAUUAAAUGCUUGUGCAGGUUUUGUAAUUCAGUACAGAAAGUUUAACCUUGUAAUGUACAUUUUUGUAUGUAAAAGAUCUUUUAAGUAGCCUUAGCCUUAUUUAAAUAAACUGAAUAAAAUUAUUGAGUAGAUCUGUCAUUCAUAAAAAAAUAAAAUGGAAAAACAUUC